GAGGAGAGUAGAGUAGAGGAGAUGGAAUAAAUGAGUAAAAUGAGCAAGCAUGGAUGGCACGUGGGAAACUAAGAGGGCUAUAGAAUCUUUGACAUCUGUCCAAAUCCACAAGGCUACAUCUGUCCCACGGCUGUUCCUGUGACGGCGAAAACGGCGGAGCUCUUCUGUGCUCUAGCCGUGUUCGGGAUCACGUGGACCCUUCAGGAUUUUUGGAACUGGGCCCACCUUCUUUUCCUUUUUUUUUUCUUUGCCAAUCCGAAAAUAAUGUCCUUCCUUAACUCGACCAGUGUUGAUAGUUGGUGCCUAUAAAUCACCCCUAACCUCCACCGUCUUUCUCAUCUUCCGUCUCUCUCGUUUUUCUCUCUCCUAUUUCUCACACACACAAACAACUCUGCUCCAUCUGCAAAAAUGACAAGACAAACUAUGGCACCCAUUACCGAACCCAAAAACUCAAAUUCGACAAUAUUAUCUCAAAAACUCUCCUCUGUUUCUGGGAAAUACAUCACCAUACCCAACAUACCAAUGUGUGAGAAACAUCUCCUCCAAGACCUCGACAUCAAUGGCGGAUCGUGGGUCGAUUCCAUGCGUGCUUCGUCCCCUACCCACCUCAAAUCCAUCACUUCUCUCACUCCUUCUGCCUUCCCACUAGAGUUGCCAUCCGCUCUGGACAUGUUCAAGCACAUAAUCAACUCAUCUAAGGGAAAGCAGAUUGUCAUGUUUUUGGAUUACGAUGGUACUCUGUCUCCAAUCGUCGACGACCCUGACCGCGCUUUUAUGUCGGACGCUAUGAGAAGUACUGUAAGAAGAUUGGCUAAACAUUUCCCAACCGCGAUUGUAAGUGGGAGGUGCCGAGACAAAGUCUACGACUUUGUCCAAUUGCCAAAGCUGUAUUACGCUGGAAGCCACGGUAUGGACAUCAAAAGCCCUGCUAAUAAAGGCUUCAAAUAUCCCAAGAAAAGUCAAGAAGUAGUAUUUCAACCAGCUAGUGAAUUCAUCCCUAUGAUUGAGAAGGUUUAUAAAACGCUUUCGGAGAAAACAAAAAACAUACUCGGAGCUAGUGUGGAGCACAACAAGUUUUGUUUGUCUGUGCAUUUCCGUCGUGUUGAUGAAAAUAAAUGGAAUGAAUUAGCUCAUGAAGUAAGGUCAGUGCUCGAGGAAUACCCAGAACUCCAACUCGCUCAGGGUCGUAAGGUGUUUGAAAUCCGACCAACCAUUAAAUGGGACAAGGGAAAGGCACUAGAAUUUAUUUUAGAAUCACUUGGAUUGGCUAAUUGCAAAGAUGUUUUCCCUGUUUAUAUUGGUGAUGAUCGUACGGAUGAGGAUGCAUUUAAGUCAUUUUUAGGUUUUGAGAGACAGAGGACAAGGUUGUGGCAUACUUGUAUCCAAGAUUGCCAGGAAAACAAAUGCGUCGUUCUAUUUACAGGAACCACCCGAGGUGAUGAGUUUUCUACAACGCUUGGUGAAAUGGAGGCGCGAGUCGUUAAAGAGGAGGUUUAGGCUGUAAAAGUUAAUAUAGUUUGGCUCUUCCCAAUCUAAAAGUUGUACAUAGGGGGGAAAUGAUGAUUAUUUGCUUAGGACAAUUUAGUAGGCACUAAGGAAGGAGAGAGAAGGGUAUUUAAUUAAUUAGAAGAUUAAAGUUUUUGUAAAAAAGAAAAGCCCCAAAAAUGAGGGGCCCAUAAUCUGUGAUGUGAAUGCCAUGCAUAAUUAUUGGCAAGAAGCCACUAAGAAGGGUUAUUAAUUAGUUAAGCUUGUAGAAAGUACCUUAAACUACAGGGUACAGUGUUUUGUACAUAAAUCAAUCUUGCUAAUUUGAAAUAUAUAUUUUCAUUUAUACAAA